AUGGCGCAGCUCGCCUUCAAGCACAAUGACCGUCGAGCAUUUCGAGAUGUGCACAGAGGCAUGACAACGACAUCAAUGCAUGAUCGGGGAGGAGAACAUCAUAUCUCGCUUGGCAUCUCAGCAGAUAUGCCAACAGUCUCCCCCAUACCGUCCACAUCAAUGCCUAAUCCGCCAGAGGUCAAAAGCCAUGCAGAUCGUUGCAAAUUCGAGACCGUAGCCAAAAAAGACUUUUCCCAUGUAACCCAACCCCAGAUCGUUCAUCACGACCAACAGCGACUUCCAUGGACGAGGCGCGACAGCACGGCGAACGACACAGCUAGCCUGUCGGACGAUCUGACCGACGAUGAGACCAUCAGCAUAAAGGCCAGCACCAUAGAGCCUUCAUACUCCCCGAUACACUGUCUGGUCAGUGAGGAGUCCAACGGCUCGCAGCCGUCCUCCAUGUCGCCGUCGCCAACCCCACUCGCUGACGAAGGAAAUGUGACAAGGGGCAUGAUGAAAGAAUCGGCAAGCCUGAGAAGCCUACAGCAUCCUCGCGGCACUGUGGACCAUGCUGCGAGUACGGAUCAAGGAGAGGACUUCCAAGCCGGGUCGAGCAACACCACGCUGUCAGAGCGGGGAGAACGAAUCGCGCUCAAAUCAUGCACGACAUGCGGCUUCGGCACCGAUGAACUAAUACAGCUCUGUGAGAAAGCGCUGCAGUUCCAUCGACACGACAAGAUUGCCUGGAACACGUUAGUCAAUGAUAGCCAUGCAGUGUCUUCGGAGGAGAAGAAUGCGGCCAUGCUGAGGAUCAGUCUCUGGGCAAUCCGAGACUAUGCUAUGACGAUGAGGAGAAAGCGAGUUGAUAGCGGUGCUGUUGCGAGAAGCAGGGACGGCUUGACCUUGUUGGGGCCACACAGCACCUCUUCAAGCGACAGAUCCCGAAGAACCGUCUGCACUCCUCCACGAAGUCACACGGACCACACUUCUGAUGAUGCGUUGUACCUCAGGGAGAAGGAUGGUCAUUUGGGACACACCAGCGAUCAAAACUAUGUAGACGGAGAGCCACGGGGAACACCUGCCAAGAGAAGACGUGUCAUGUGCCAUAAGCCUUGGAGUCCUCGACAGGAGCAGAAAUUGCGAGCGGGGAUGGAACAAGAGCAGAGCUGGAAAGAUAUAGCCACAAGACUGGACCGAACGCCUGGAGGAACUUUGUUUCAUUUCAGUGAGUUCAAUGGCAUUCGCAACUACAAACAACUCGAUAUGAAUACGUACCAGACAAACGACCUGUUGAGACGUCUCGAAGAGGCCGAGCGGCGCGCUUACGAGGCCGAACGUGAACAACGCGACGAGAAGCGACGUGCUGAUGAAGCCGAACGUGAACGACGCGAUGAGAAGCGACGUGCUGAUGAAGCCGAACGUGAACGACGCGAUGAGAAGCGACGUGCUGAUGAAGCCGAACGUGAACGACGCGAUGAGAAGCGACGUGCUGAUGAAGCCGAGAAACGACAAGAAGAGGCUGAACUGUUGACGCGACGGACAACUUUGGACGAAUACAUUGCCGCAACUCAUGACCUCGUAGCCAGCCACUUCGCCGUCGAGACCGACAAGGACCUCACCUCGAAGGGCCCCAUCACAAACCCACGCAACAAGCUGUGUCCAAAGAAUCUACGCCCAUGGCGCGACUUUCUCGAGCAGCAGCGAACCACUCUAGGGGCCCUCUACGGCACCUUCCCGGUCUCUGAUCGGCGUUUCGAAUCUCGGGGCUUUUUGACGGGCCUCGGCCAGCGAAUUGCCAAGCGACCGAUAUCUUGCGAAAAGACGCUCGAAUAUUUCCUGCACAACAGCGUCGAAGAUCCAGUGCGAGAGAUUUUCGAUCAAUUGCGGGAUGUGGACCAAGUGCGGCACGAGUUUGGGAUCGGUAACGGCAUUGUCUUUGAGAACCACCCCAAUGUGAUCAGCGAUGUUGCGGAGGAGGUUGUCGACCGGCAGGCCUCAUCGAUACCGCCACAGACGCCCGAUCAAGGGAAAGAUCCGGGACGCAUCCGGCCCGACCAGAUAUGCGUAUACCGGUUUGACGACGAGCUCUCCACACGGCGUACCAUGCUGUAUGUGUCCGAAUACAAGGCCCCGCACAAGCUGACCGCUCCACACCUGCGCGUCGGUCUGCAUCCCAUGAAUAUCUUCAAAGACGUGGUCAAUCGGAAAACAAUACCUACCGCGGCCGAUCCCGACGGUCGAUUCCAGUACCAUGCCGAGAGGCUCACCGCUGCGGCCAUCACACAGACCUACAACUACAUGAUCGAGGGAGGUCUCGAGUACGGGUUGCUGACUACCGGCGAGACCAUUGUAUUCCUGCGAGUAGACUGGCGAGAACCCGGCACACUCUUGUACCAUCUAGCAGAGCCCGCUUUUGAGGUGGCAGCGCAAUCGGGGGAACACCACGCUUGCACCGCAGUUGGCCAGUACCUGGCAUUCAGCCUGAUGGCUCUCGGCCCGCCAGGGAACCCACCCAAUGUUCGAUCGCAGGAUGAGCGGCAGCGUGUGAUCUUGGGGCUGAGGCGAUGGGCAGAGGACUUUGAGACGACAUUACGAUCUAUUCCCCGAGACGAGCGAUACGCUCCGAGCGGCUCAAGCUCGGGCUCGCUGUAUGCGCCGACGACUUAUGCAGGCAUCAGCCGGUCACCGCGCGUGCCUCGAACAAGACCGAAACGUUGGGCUCAGGAAGAGGACCGUCCAGGUGUGCAGCCAAGAUUUAGAGACCGGGACGACGAGUCUUCGUCUGAUGAGUCCUUGCCUCCGAUGCCGGACACGCCGACACCGUCUGAGCCGCGGUCGAGUAGUCAGAGCCAAGGCCCACGGCGCAGCCAGCGCAUUCUGGGCCGAGCGCCGCGCGGGGAAGCUUCACAAGAGCGACAGUACUGCACACAGCGAUGUCUUCUAGGACUGGUCAGAAGAGGUCGGCUUGACGCAAAGUGUCCCAACGUUCUCUUGCACCGGCAGGCUAACCUUGCAGCUGCUGAUCAUCUGAUCGACCGUGACGAGUUCCUCCGGCUCCUAUUUCAGCAGCUGCAGGAGUCUCUUGACCACGGGAUCAGUCGUCUAGAUGUAGGCGGAUCUCGCGGCGUGCUGUUCAAAGUAAGUCUGAUGGCCUACGGCUACACUUUCGUCGCCAAGGGCACGGUAUCUGCUUUCAUUCGGGACCUAGAACACGAAACAGCCAUCUACAAACACCUCGAAGGACUUCAGGGGUCUCAGGUGCCGGUCUGCCUGGGCGCGAUAGAUCUUCGCGACAUGGGCAGGAUUUAUUACUACGACCAUCGGGUCUACAUCGAAUACCUGUUGCUUCUCUCGCAUGGCAGUCCGAUUGACGAAGCGGUUCGUGCUGGUGAGGUCAAACGUUGUCUGAGGGCGAUACAUCGGGCGUGCGUGGUGCAUCGGGAUGUGCGUCGUACCAAUGUGCUACGCAAUACCGACACAGGGGAGCUCAUGCUGAUUGACUUUGAGCGUUCUGUCGUCAAGGCAGGACGGAAGCCGCUGGGCAAUAUCGUGCCUAACAAGCGAUCGUGGAAUGGGCAAAGGAAGGGGACUACGGCGUCAAUGUACAGUCAUGUUCCGGGAGACGCCAAUUACGAAGAAGAUAUACUGCAGGCAGGGGUGGAGUUCCCUGAGAAAGACGUCUUUGCAGUGCCCGCGGCAUGUGCCUACAAGCCACGAAAGACGCAUGUCGCUGCUGGCAUGGCUGCUUCAUUCAAAACUGUACCCACGUCUGGAUGA